ACAAAAGAUAAUGGCUGAAAUCUCAUUUUAUAGCUAUAAUAUACUAUAUCGUACCAGAAAACAAUGAGCUCCAACGUAAGGAAACGCAGGAUACAUCCUGCUCACAUGAAGCAUAAGGAUGAUGGCUCAUCCAGUGGUGUAAAGCCUAUGUCUUUAAUCGGAAGCCCUAGGACUGAAAAUGUUCCGGAUCCUUCGCCUUUUAUGACACAAGACAACCUUGAUCGUGCACCACCCUUGCCUACGGGAAGUAUGAUUAACAGACCGCCAAAAUCAUCGCAUUCUUCACCGACAGUUUCUUCACAUGUGGAUACCCCGAACUAUCCUGGAUAUCCAGGUAACAACCAAGGGGUUAAAAUAACGCAGCAUUAUCCACAUGACGGUGUCCAAAGAUAUUCCAUAGGUGACUCUGAUGAUGAUAUUAACUCAGCAAGGAUAAAUACUGGUGCAAAUAACGUUGAUCACAAUAUAAACAUCAACCCAGAUACAUACGUACCGAGUCCCUUCCUAACUAAGCAGACACCUGCAUGGCAACCGUUACAGCAUGGAUUAAAUGAUACGCAAGAUGUCCCCUUUGGUACUAUGAAUAAGGAACCGGGUUUCCAACAGUCCAAUUUCCCUGUUAGCGAUCUUAAUUGGAAAGGUAGCUUUACACAGCAAAUAAAGCAACUUAGUGAGUAUUAUAUGCAACACGCCCAGAGCGAUGAGAGCGAGGUUGACCCGCCGCUGCUAGAGGAACUAGGAAUAGAUGUCGAUGAUAUCAUCAGGCAUAUCAAGUGCGUCGUGCUGUUUAAGAGUGUCGACAACAAGGAGUUGCAAUAUGGCGACUUCACAGGAUCACUGUUGAUACUCAUUCUAUUCGCAUUAUGUAUGAUAGUUUCAUGUAAAUUAAACCUUGGACUGGUAUACGCGGUUGAGGUACUAGGCAACACGUCUCUUUAUAUAUUGUUCAAUCUGCUUUCCCAAGACGUAUACAUUGAACUGUCCAAACUAUUCAUUAUCCUGGGCUACUCUUUGUUACCCAUAUGUUUGGCGCCACUUAUUUGGAUAUUCUCCAGGUUUGCCAAGCCGCUGAUACUGUUGCUAAUAUACCUUUGUGUUAUUUGGAGUACUUCAACGGCUACUAGGUUAUUAACCAUGGAACUUAACAUGGCAGACAGAAAGUACAUUGUUUUGCUCCCCAUCCUUAUAUACUAUAUGUUUCUAGCCCAUACCGCUAUAGCAUAAAAAACAACGUAAUAAUGUUUA